UCUAGACAGCAACUCCACAAAUUCCUCCUGGUCAACCAAAGGUCUAGAGCUGAUACUCUCUUCUGUAAUUGAUAUAUUUCCAAUGAAGAUCGCUCGAGAGACCUAUUAUAGAGAAUAUCUUCGCUAUCGUACCUUUAUCGGAGUGAUAUGCCUUUGCAUCACCUUCGCUUUCCUUUCCGGACAAAUGUGGAAUCACAUUCGCCGACCUCCUCUCAAUGUGUUCAACCAACACACACGUGAAACGAAAUACAUUCAUCGAUCACCAAGGCGGCAGUAUCUCGGUGAAUCCUACGUUGUCUUUGCUUCAUAUGCUGCUAUCACCAUUGGCUUCAUACUUAUCAACGAGUUUCUUCCUUCCAAUACUGUACAACGAAAGGCAAAGAAGAAGAUCUCAGCACCAAAGUGGUCCUUCUAUGUAAAUAAGAAUACCCUACUUGUCUACUUCGGACUCGUAAUGUCGGUGGCUUUCUUCUUACUGAUGUCAUCUAUGUUGUGCAGCAAAAACCGCAAAUAUUCUUAUUGUGUUGGAUCGUUUUGAACCACUGCCGGUACUUUUCCUUUAUCCGGACCCAUUCUGAAAAUGUUUUCAUGAAAUACGUGCUUCAGCCUAGAGACUUUUCCACAGAUGUUGUGAGGACUAUAGCCUUGCCACCUAUCAAAAUAAAAAUCAACACGUUCGGGAUCAGUUUGACAUGUUUUUUCGACACUUUCGGUGAGGUACGAGUGCAU